AUGGCUUUGAGAGAACAAGAGAGGGCUGCUUUAACAACGCUUCCAAAUAACGUAAGCGACAAUAAUGAUGAAGAGGACAACGAAGAAUUUUCAAGCGAAGAAGAAGAAGAAGAUUUUGAAUUUUUUCAGAGCGAUCAUGAACUUGAAGCUGUAGAGCUAGAGUUCCCUGAGGGAGAAGGUAACAACAACGACGAUGACGAAAUGGAGGAAGAUGAUGUAGAUGUGAAUGAGUUCGCGUAUGAAUAUUUUAUUGCAUUAGGAGAAUUCAUUAGAGAAGAGAAGAGAAGAGAAGAGUGGGAUGUUUGUGAAUGA